CCGAUACUCAAAGCAAAGCAAACAACUCUUGUGCAAUUAGAGAGAACAAAAAUGGAGACUCCAAUGAAGAUGUUCUGCAUUUUGGGAUUUAUUGUGCUUGUCAGCAUUGCUGGGAUGGAAAGAGUUGAUGGGGCAGGGGAAUGUGGGAAAUCCAAUCCAAACAAUGAAGCUCUGAAGCUCAUCCCUUGUAUGAGCGCGGCACAGGAUGAGAAAGCUCCCGUUAGCGACGCUUGCUGCUCCCAGGUGAAGAACAUUGGCAAGAACCCGAGCUGCCUCUGCGCUGUAAUGCUUUCCGACAUGGCCAAGGCCUCUGCAAUCAAGCCUGAAAUCGCCCUUACCAUUCCCAAGCGCUGCAACAUUGCAAAUCGCCCAGUCGGUUACAAGUGUGGACCUUACACACUUCCAUGAAGACCAAACACUAUGUACCGCGCUUGAAGUACUUAAAAAUCUGGUAGAUACUGGUGUUGUGACAAUUCUGUUGCUUUACAGUCUUUGUUACCAAUAAAGUGUAGAAGCUUGAAUGUAUCUAUCUAUCCUAAAUAACAUGGACAGUAUCACUAUCAGUACUAGUACUUCCAUACUACUUUUUUU